AUGGGUGUUACUGGUCCUGUUUUGCAGCAUUCCUGUGCACACAAUAUUGACAGCUGCCCAGAAGGCAAUGGCAUCGGGACCAUAGCCAUCACCUGGGAUGCCAAAUAUCUGGCAACCAUCUCCGAUGCUGAAAUCCAGGACGUUUGCAUCUGGAGGUGGACCUUAGCCGUGGAAAUGCCAACAUGUACCCUCAACCUCCUCAAAGAGUAUGGUGUUCAGAACUAUCUUACUAUUAAUCCAACAAAUAAUAAAGAAUUGGUGAGCAACAGUAAAACACAGGCAAUAUAUUAUUUGUGGUAUGAAGAGGGAGAUAUACUUGCUCACAGGGCCCCACAUUUAACAGAAAAAGUGAGUAAUGCUUCCUGCAUUUUUAUAUGUCAGAUGUUGUAGAGAGUAAAUAUGUGUAAGCUUAAUCACUUCGGGCUACUCUUUGUUUGUCUUGAUAGUACACCAUGGGCAAAUUAUUUGACAUUUUUACUUGGGUCCUUUACUGUAUUGAAUUGUCAGCUGAAAAUAAUGGAACUAUUGUUCAAAAUAAAAUAUU